GCGCCGGGACAGGCUCCGGAGCUGGCAGCGGCGGAAGGCGGACGGAGAUGGCGGAGCCCACGGAGCGGAGCGGCGGGUUGUCCGGGUGUCCGGGGACGGGGAGGUGUUGGUGGCGGCUCGCCGUGCUCCUGUUGUCGGCGUCGUCCCUGCCGGCGGUCACGGCGCUGGUGGAGGGUCUGUACUGCGGCACGGAGGUGUGCUACGACGUGCUCGGCGUCACCCGGGAGGCCCCUAAAGCGGAGAUAGCCCGGGCUUACCGACAGCUGGCCCGUCGGUACCACCCGGACCGGUUCCGGCCGGGAGAGCCCGGCUCGGAGGGGGAGACCCAGGAGACCGCGCACAAGAAGUUCCUGCUCAUCGCGACCGCCUACGAGACGCUCAAGGAUGAGGACACACGUCGCGACUACGACUACAUGCUGGACCAUCCUGAGGAGUACUACCAGCACUACUAUGCCUACUACCGCCGACAGCUCACCCCCAAAGUGGAUGUCAGGGUCGUCAUCCUGGUCACCAUCUGUGCCAUCUCCAUCUUCCAGUAUUACAGCUGGCACAGCAGCUACAACGAGGCCAUCAACUACCUGGUGACGGUCCCCAAAUAUCGAAUCCAGGCCACGGAGAUCGCCAAACAGCAGGGCCUCCUCAACCGGACCAAGGAGAAGGGCAAGAACCGGCGGUCCAAAGAGGAGAUCCGGGAGCAGGAGGAGGAGGUGAUCCGAGACAUCAUCAAGAACAAGAUCGACAUCAAAGGAGGUUACCAGAAGCCCAACCUGUCCGACAUCCUGCUGUGUCAGAUCGUGCUGUUUCCUUAUUAUCUGACCAACUACGUGGCCUGGUACGUCUCCUGGGUUUACCGAUUCACCAUCUGCAGGGAGGACUACGGCGACCAGGAGAAGCUCUACAUCAUCAGGAGGUACAUGAAGAUGUCUCAGUCUCAGUUUGACAGUCUGGAGGAAAACACCAAACAAACCUUCCUGGAGAAACAGCUCUGGAUCAAAGAAAACUACGAGCCUCACUUCCUGCCUUAUUUCCACCUCCUUGACUCUCCUCUGUCUCCGCCCGCUCUGCUGCUGCUGCUAAAUACUGCAACCGAGAGCGAAGACAAGGACACCGACUGGCGCAGUACGCUGGUCUUCCCUGCCCAAUAGUGAUCCGUCCUUCUGUUGAAUGCGACAGAGGAGCAGACAGACAGACAGACAGAUAGACAGAUAGACAGAUAGUCAGACAGACAGAGAGUCAGUCAGACAGACAGACAGUCAGUCAGACAGUCAGACAGGCAGACAGACAGAGUCAGUCAGACAGACAGACAGUCAGUCAGACAGUCAGACAGUCAGACAGUCAGACAGGCAGACAGACAGGCAGGCAGACAGACAGACAGAGUCAGUCAGACAGACAGGCAGACAGACAGUCAGACAGACAGUUAAUCAGUUCAUAAAGUGAGUCCUGGUCUCUGUUCUGAGGCCUAAAUGUCUGUUUAUUCUUCACAUUCUGCAGGAUUCAUCUUUGGAACACAUCCUCUGUUUUGCAUUUUACUUUUCCUUCUAUCACAUUAACUAAACCAGAAAAGCAGUGAGAGCUCAGUACUCCUCCAAGGCUGCUCAGUCCUUGUAUGAGUUCCGAUGCUAAAGUCCCAAGAAGUCCUCAGUGGUGGAUUUGUAGUAGGAUCGCAAUCAUGUGAUCUUCGGGAGGCAGCAGUGUUCACUUGUUGUCAUGGUUACAGUGACACCGUGCCGCUAUCUCACAAUGAUACAGAAAUCUUUAACAAAUCCGUGGAUCCAGACUAUAAGCUGCAUCACUGCCAAAAUCUAAUCACUUGGUCCUUGUGUCAUUUCUGACCUUCCCUGAAAAUUUCCUCCAAAUCCGUUAGUCCGUUUUUGAAUGUUGCAAACAGACAGACAGACAGACAAACCAACACCAAUCAUCACAUAACUCCUUAGCGGAGUAAUAAUGAGACUCUACUCACACUGGGACUACAUUACCCAUCACACACCACAAAACCCCCAAAAUAUGAACGAGUCUUCAAGUCUGUUUACACAAAACCUUAUUGUUUAGUUUGACUGACGUGUAAUAUCCAUCCCUGGUGCCACGUCACCAUGGUAACCACCCAGCUAGAAUCUUUCUUAGGUCUAAAGACAUUGUGAAAAAGUUCUGCAAAGUUCUCACGAUGUCUUCAGUCUUUUCUAUUCCUUUAGUUCCCAGAAUGUUCCUUUUAAAUGCAAAUAGAGGUUCACUAAAGACACAAACGUCCUUCUAUUGGUAUCAUGUAACGUUGUGGGAACGUUUCCUAGAAGAACAUUCUCAAAGGCAACAACCCCAAAACAUCCUGAGAAUACUGCAGACAAAAUGUUCCACCUUACAGGAGCGUUAGUAUAAAUACACAUUCUGUCCUCUGAGGCCUCGAUAACAUCCUGAAAACAUUUUCUGAACGCAGUUUUUUUGUUCUUCUGUUAUCAUAAUCAGACAACAUCCAUGAAACAUCCUCUGAAUGUUAAACCUCUCCAUCCAAGUUUAGUUUUAACAAUAUUUGAAACUAUAAAUAUCCUUAAAAUGUUGUUAGAACAUUAGAUUUAGAGUUUUACAUUUAGUAGGGUAAUGGAUCCUGUUUUCUAUUGAGCUGAACUGCAAAAAAACUCUUAACUGGACAUUUUCUCUAAUCUUGUAUCAAGUCCUAAGGUCAGAUUCGUUUUCUUGGUUUCUGAUGACUUUUCUGGACUCUAAUUGUUGAAACCAAUUUUCUUUGUUCUGCUUUGUAUAAUUCGACAAUUACGAUGAAAUCCUUGCACUUUUGCGGUAUUGUUGCACAUUUUUCCACACAUUUUUUAAAAAAUAUACCUUUUUUGAGUGAGAAUCUAACAGCUCCACAGCAAUCCAUCGAGAACUUUCACCUUUGAGAUGAUUGAAAAAAGUCCUUCUGUGGACACUUUUACAUAUAACACCAGCUGGUCUAAACGUCAACGUGGAACCGUCUACAUUCCUUUGAACUGCUGCAUGAUGGAUAGAAGAUGUUCGCUGCGUUUCUGGAUGCUGCUCUGCUCUUCCUUCAGCCUCUCCUGGUCCUGCAACACCUCCUCCUGAGGAAACAAACACACCAUCACACAUUUAACAUCAUUUAAGCCUAAUGUAAAGUGUCCAGCCCUAGCAGGACCGAGCCAUGAUGGCAUUAAACCACAUGGAUAAAGUGGCACCAUUCGGCCUUGGUGCUGUUCUUAGCAGCUUCUUAUAUCCCAUUAGUCCAAAAACCAUUUGUCCUGUAGACCAUGGAUGUAAAAGUCUUUGAAUUCUGGCACCAGAUGAGAAAUUUUCAUUCAGCAUCUUUGAAUCUAGUGCACCGCUUUUGUAAUGCACUCAUAGACCAUUCAUAAACCAUUAUAUGAUGAUAAAACAACUUGUUAUAUGCUGUUUUUCAGUUUCUGUCCAUUUUAUUUGCUUGUGUCCCGUUUUUUCCCACUGUACACUACUUUUACACUGCAAUAUAAAGACCUGCACCCCUAUAGAAACAGGAGGUAGAUUUAGAAAAUUGAUUUUUUUAUUUUUAUUUUGUAGCACUGGAAUUGAUAUGUACAACAUUUUACCAAGAGCCCACUGGUUUUUACCAAUACUUGGAAAAAAUGGUGGCUCUACGCACUACAGUAGGUCCUCGGUUUACGAUGUCUUCGACCUACAGCUUUUCAUGGUUAUGUCACCGUCUCCCAUACAUUUAUCAAGAAAGUCUUGUUCCAUCAUUCCGAUCUAUGGCGUUUGUGAUGUUAAAGAUGAAGGUUCUCUAAAGACACGAAUGUCCUUGUUUUGGUAUCAUGUAACGUUGUGGGAACGUUUUCUAGAAGAACGUUAACAACAGUGACAACCCCAAAACAUCCUGAGAAUACUGCAGACAAAAUGUUCCACCUUACAGGAACAUUUGUAUAAAGACACAUCCUGUCCUCUGAGGCCUCGAUAACAUCUUGAAAACAUUUUGUUUUUUUGUUCUUCUUCGGGUAACGUAAUCAGACAACAUCCUCGAAACACGGGCUGAAUGUUAAAACGUUCCAUCUUAGUUUAGUUUUAACAAUAUUUGAAAUGAUAAAUAUCCUUAAAAGGUUGUUAGAACACUGGAACAUUGAACAUUUUUUGAUUAAUUCUUCAAUUAAACCUGCAGAAUAAAGUUUACUGUGAUGAAAUAUAACAAUUCUAAGCUUAGAUUUGGUUAUUUCUCCUGAAGGAUCCUUAUGUCACUCGUGAUAGGUUCAAGGACUGCCUGAAAUUUGAAAAUCUGCCAAUUCUGUAUGUUUUUACAGUUUCUGGCGCUACCAAGCUUUGGGGUUUAGUGGGUUACAUGUUUAUGUGUUUACUGACUCUGAGUCUGCACAGCUCCCUCCGUUCUCGGUCGUUCUCCUCAGCUCUUGCUCGAAGCCACGAUUCAUUCUGAGAGCGAUGCCUGUCCAGCAUCUCCUGCAGCUCCUGAAGCACAAACACAAACAUACAUGCAUCUUAUUUAUCUGUUACUUUGUUUAUUGUUUUGUUUAUUGCUAUAUUUAGUAUAAUCAUGCUUUGCAUGCUAACAUGCUAACAUCAGCAUCAGUUUUAGAACACAUUAAGACGUUGGAAACCUGUUGUUGUUGCUCUCUGUGAGCUUCGUGAGCGGCUUUUUCUCUCUGCAGAGCUGCAGCAGCUUUAGACAACUCGGACUUCUCUCUGGAAAAAGAAAUAACAAUCGGUACAAGAUGUGUAGUUGUGUCUUUGAAGUGACUGGAUCUGUUUUUUUUGAGGUUGCCGGUGGUGUCGGCACAUUUUCAGACAUGUCGAAGGUCGAUAAACGUGCUCAUGUACUGAUCCAGUUUCUGGAACUCCUGGUCCAGCAGAGUGAAGGCCGUCUGGAUCAUCUUCAUGGCCUGAUCUCGAACUGCACUGAAGUCUCUGUGGACAAACACCUGAAGCAGGAAAUAUAAGAUUCUUAGUGUAUUAACUGGGGCUUUAAACUGCCCCCUUUAACUAAUUAUUGAGUAUAUUUAUUCAAGUAAAACACUUCUCUUGUGUGUUUGGUGUCACCUGUGCGUUAGCUGCAGAGUUCCUGGGCUGGUUGGACGGAGGUGAAUCACUGAGCUCAUAGCGAACGUUGGGAACCUUCGUAGGCGUGAAGCUGUUAACGGUCAAAACCAGAAUGAAACCAAAGUGUCAGAAGUGAGAGAUGAGAGUCAAAGAGAGCGUGACCAGAGUCUGAAACCACACACACAUCUAAAAACAGAAUCCCAGGUGUAAAAAGCAGCUGCUGACCUGUGGCUGACGCCCUGCAGGCCGAACUCUGACAGAAUCUCCUUCAUGACUGUGGAGACAACGUUGAUUCAGUAGUUUUCAGUUUUCUGACAUCAACCUCAUAGAGUGCAACACCACAAACAGCUUUGUGGUGAAACUAUUCUUGUGCACACGAAACGGAAAUCAACUGACCCGAUUAUGAUGAUGAAGUGGCUCCAUUUUGUGCACCUUGUGUUGCAGGUUAAAUUUUGCCAUUUUGUCCACCCAGUAGCCCAUGAAAACAGGGCUAAAAACAUUUUUAACGCAAGUUUUUGCACAUUUAUUAAAAGUCAAAAAUAGCAAUCUCUCAUUUCAGAAAGCAAUCAGACUCUGCUGUGGCUUCAAAUAAUGGUCUGAUGCAUCCUGUUAUCUUUAAAUAUCCCUAAGAUGCAUCUAGAACUUGACUCAAGUCCAUCUGUGAUAAAUUGAAUGGAUUGGACAUAGUUUAGAAAUCAUAGGGUAUAGAACAGUUUCUGAAGGUUUCAGUUUUCCAAGGAGCACAGUGGCCCUGAUAACUACCAACAGAAGAAAUCUGUAACCACCUAGAGUUGUCUGUCCAAACUUACGAACCAAGCAGGAAAGUCUUUAGUCAAGGAUGUGAUGAAGAAUCUAAUGGUCUCUUAAGUCGAACAUAAGAAGUCCUCCUCAAAAAUGAGACCUUAUUCAUGAGGUCUUUAUUGUGGAGCAGUAAAUAGUAGCCACUCUUUAGUAACAGACAGAUGACAUCCCAUGUGGAGUUUACCAAACUGUAUUUAAUAUGUUUGAACACCAGGAACUGCUCAUCACCUGCUAAUACCACUUCUAACCAAGCACGGUGGUGGCAUCAUCAUGCUAUCAGGGUAUUUCUCUAUGGCCGAAACAGAGAAUCCUGACAAAUAAAUCCAGCCAAAUAUAGAGAUGUUCUUGAAGAAAACUCAUUCUGUGAUGCAACAAUCUCAUCCUGAAGGCCAAAAUAAAUAUCCAAGACAACACUGGAUGAGUAUUCUUUGAGUGAUGACCGUCUUUGAUUGGUCCUACCAAAGCUCGGACCUAAACUAUGUAGAACAUUUGUGUAGAAACCUAAAGACAGCGGUUCCAAAAUGCUUCCCAUCCAAUGUAAUGAAGUUUGAGAGGAUCUAUAAGGUAGAAUGGCAUGAACUAAAGUCUAAGUCCAAAAUCUUACCCAGGAAGUCCUAAGCUGUAGCUGCUGCUAAACGGGUUUGAAUCAAAGGUGUGUAUACUUUAAUAAAUGAGAGGUUUCAGUUCAUUUUAUCCAUUUGAAAUUAAAUAUUGAAGGUCUCUUAGUACUGUCUGAAUAUUUUAAACUUCAUGGUCCAUUCGUGUUGCCUGGAGGAUGAACCCUUUACUUUUAACUGUUCCUUUAGCGCCACCCUCAGGGCAAACUUGGUAUUGUAGCUCCACUCCUGCUGAGGUUCUACCACCAGUAAAAUCACCAAUAUGUCUCUGUAUGUUUUAAAAUUAAAUAAAUCUGUAUCCUGUA